AUGCUUCCACAACCAUCACAUCUUCUCUCUUGUUUAAAGUGUGGCCAUGCAUUAAUUUCCUUCGAUUGGAUGUGUCUAUGCAAGUAUAACAAUGCCAAUCACUGUACACUAACCUAUGAUCAUCAAAUUAAAUACACUUCCGAUGAUCAAAUUGAUACUAAUCAUUCCAACAAUCAAAAAUUGAUGAUUAAUAUGGAUGUUCAAGAAUCACCAAAGAAGAAGAUUGUUCUCCAUACAUUACAUUGUAGAAAGUGCAAUGAAAAGGUCGCAACUGUUAUUAAAAUUAAAGAUGAAUUCACCAUUGGUACCAAAGUUGUACAAUUGAGUGAAGGCUUUGUUUGCUUUAGACCAGAAGCAACUUUUGUGAAAGGCUUGGAAGAUCCAACAACUACAAUAGCAAAGAAAAAGUGGCCCGAUAGGAAACUUCCUUUUCAUAUGAUUUAUGAGGAUAUCAAGAGUUACCUUCCUUCACAUAAUGAUAAUAAUGAUUUGACAAAUCAAGUUGUUGAGCCUAUUGUGCAGACAGUGUUGCCAAACUUUCUUGAUGAGAAGAAUCAAGAACAGUACUAUCCUCCUUCAUUGCUUCAUUCCACUCCUAGAGAUUAUCAAGUGGAGAUGUACUUUCAGAGCUUGUUUACAAACUCUCUGAUUUGUCUUCCAACAGGAUUAGGUAAAACUCUAGUGUCUGUUCUAUUGAUGAAAAAGAUGAGUGUACUCAAUCCAGAAAAGUUGGUGGCAUUUGUAGUGAACAAAAUUCCACUUGCUUUUCAACAAUCUGAUUAUUAUAUAACAGAGACCGAAGAUAAAUCCUUGGUAUUGUGUAGUCAAACGAGAACUGCAGAGUCGAUUGAAAGGUUACGUAAAAGAGAGGUUCAAGUUUGCUUCUUCACUGAUGGCUUGUUAUUGAACUUGUUCGAAAAUAGAAUGUUAAGACCUGAAGAUUUUUCAAUGGUGGUAUUUGAUGAGAUACACCAUGGAAUUAGUCCAAAUAGUAGAUAUAAUUUAUUGGGUGCUGCUUUUCGCAAUUCACAAUCACGUGUUAAAAUUACUGGUCUCACAGCAUCACCACUAGAUUUUCAACAGUUAGAAGUUUCCUUCAAAAUUGAUUCUGUUUCCUAUCCUUUUCUAACAAGAGAAAAGAUGCGAGAAAUGGAAAAUACUGCAUCAACUAAAAUUAGGAAAACAUCAAUGAAGCAAGAACAAAUACAACUGAUCUCUAAAUUUAAGGAAGAAGUAUGCUUACUGAAUGAACAAUUACUAGAGUACAAGAUUAAUAAUUUAUGGCACUUUGGGAGUUUUAUAUCAAUUAUUGGUUAUUUAAGACUUCACAUACCACCACAAUACGAAAGUAUUUCACAGAAAAUGCUCAAAUUUAUAGGAUUAAUGGAAAUGACUAAUAUUCUUGGAACCAAAGAAGCUUUAGAAUAUCUAGAAUCAUCAAAAGAUUUGGAAUAUUCAAAAGAAAAGUUUUCAAAUAUCACCCGUUCAUUUUCAGAAAGAUUUGGAGUGUUGGAGUCCAUCUUAAACAAGACUAAAGAUGAUUCACGUAUUCUAGUUUUUGUAAAAACCAAAGAAAUGUCUUUCAGGUUGACAAGAAUGUUGGAAAGAAAAUUCAAGCAAUUUUAUCCUCAAAGAAUAGUCGGCCAAUAUGGAGCAGGUGGAAUGAAUUAUGAAAAUGAACAAAGAGUCUUGAUAGAAGAAUUUAAAAAUCAUGAAUGCAAGCUCUUAGUUUCUACUAGUGUUUUAGAAGAAGGUAUUGAUAUUUCUGAUUGUAAUAUUGUUGUUCUCUUUGAUGGUAAUCUUUCUUUGAGAAGAAUUAUUCAAGCUAGAGGAAGAGCACGUCAGAAAAAGAGUACCUUCCAUUUAUUGAUUGAAGAAGAAGAACAAAAUUACUAUGAACAAAUUGAAAAGGAAGAGAAGGAAAUGAUUACAAAAAUUUCACUAAAGUAA